AUGGCAGCUAUACUAUAUAAAUAUUCCAUGAUUAAUAGUAAUAACAACGGAAACUCUAUCCUUAAAUCAUUAGAAACAUCUUGUUGCUUUUUAGCGACUUUGUUUCCUAAAGUAUUUUGCACUUUAGUUUUAACAUGGUCAUUAUAUGUUCUAUUAUUUAUUUUCCCAAAUUACAUUAAAUCAUCCUUGAAUUUAACAAUAUUGAAUAUAAUUGGUAUAAUAUUAUACGUGCUAUGUAUUAUCACUUAUUAUAAGAUUAUUCUAAUUGGACCUGGAUCUCCAUUAGAUUAUCCGGAAUUAAGAAUCAACAAUUUGAAUAGAAUGAUAGACGAGAAUCCCUAUAACAGUAACAAUGAUGAUCCAAUAGAUUUACCACCGGAAUCAAUGAUAAUACAUACUAUGAAAGUUAAUGGCAAUCAAGGAUAUAGGUAUUGCACCAAAUGUUCAGUGUGGAAACCUGAUAGAUCUCAUCAUUGUUCAUCAUCAGGAAAAUGUAUAUUAAAAAUGGAUCAUUAUUGUCCAUGGUUUUCCACUUGUAUUGGAUUUUAUAAUUAUAAAUUUUUCAUUCAAUUCUUAAGUUAUGUUGCCAUUUAUUGUUGGUUUUUAUUUAUUAUUAGUGCUCGAAUACUAUAUAAAUUCAUCACCCAAGGAUUAUUUGAAGAUGAAAUAUUAUCACUCAAUUUAGUUGCAGUUUUAAUUCUUUCAUUUGCAUUUGCCAUUGCUGUUAGUGUAUUUGCAAUAUUUCUGAUUUAUUUAUGUUGUAAGAAUUUAACAACUAUUGAAUUCCAAGAAAAACGAUGUAAUUAUCGUGGCCAUGCAAAUGAUGAAAGAUUCAAUUAUGAAUUUGAUAAUAAUGGGAAACGUAAGAAAUUAAAUACAAAUAUUUUUGAUUUAGGAGUAAUGGAAAAUUGGAAACUGGUUAUGGGCCCAAAUUGGAUCACAUGGUUAUUACCAAUAACUGUUGCUACAAUUACAACUACAACAACAACACCCAUAAUAUCUGAAGAAGAUUUUAAUAAUGGAAUCAAUUUUAAAGUUAAUGAAGAAAUAUAUACUAAAUAUCUUCAUAAUGCUGAAUUACAACAACAAUUGAAUCAACAAUUGUCUAAUUAUAAAGAUCGAUUAAGAAGAGAACGUCAAGCAAAUAUGGUGUAA